GUUGUCGUGUUUGGCCGGUCCACCUGCCCGUUUUGCAUCGAGGUGUCCCGCACGAUGGUGGAGAUGGGCGUUCCUUUCAUCUACUACCGCUUGGACCAGCUGACCAGCGGUGCAGAGCUGCAAGAAGAGCUGAAGAAGGCCACCGGCCAGCGCACUGUGCCUUACGUGUGGGUGGCCGGCAAGCUGCUGGGCGGGUGUGACGACACCAAGGCCCUCAUCGCCAGCGGGGAGUUUGACAAGCUGAUC